CACGUGUUGAGCUCGGACUGGAAGCCCGUCCCAUUCCCUGCAUAUCCAUGCUGGAGGAGGAGGAGGCGUGGAGCCCUUUUGUUACCUGUAUUAGAAUACCUGGCUGUUGCAAGUUGGUAACGUGGGCUGAGUUUAAGAUGUCUGCAGAGAAUAGAAACAGCGAGCGAUGUGCAAACAAAACACAAUCCACAGGGUUGGCAGGGCAGUAAGUGCACCUAUUUUUUUUUCUACCUGCAUGGCGCAGCAAAUGGGACUCGUUAAUUAGACUGUACGGUGAAUGUAAGGACGAAUAGGAGGCACUUCCUCCAAGAACUCAUUCACCUUUCAAGUCCGACCCUCUCUCAAGUUUCAUUUUGGAGUUCUUAACCACCUUUCAGGUCGUCAUCAGCAUCUCACCUGUACUGCAGGACCAUGGAUUUCACACGGUCGAAGAUUUCAAAGGCGCUUCAGCUUCACGUCGCGGAAAAGAGGCGGUAUACGUGCAUCUGGAAGGGUUAGGAAACCUGCCAAUGUGAACGGAAAAGCCUGACCACUUUAUGUUACAGUGCAUGGCCUCUGGACAAAGUGGCAACGAUCAUGCACAAACCCCUCCGAAAGCGGAGUCUCUACGUGUUCCUGUGUUUUGGCAUCAUAUACCUCAGACUUGGGGCCCUGUCCUCGGUGGUGGCUCUGGGUGCCAACAUCAUCUGCAACAAGAUUCCCGGGCUGGCACCUCGCCAGCGGGCCAUCUGCCAGAGCCGCCCGGACGCCAUCAUUGUUGUGGGCGAAGGCGCCCAGAUGGGCAUCAAUGAGUGUCAGUACCAGUUCCGAUAUGGACGCUGGAACUGUUCGGCGCUGGGAGAAAGGACAGUCUUCGGUCAGGAGCUGCGAGUAGGCAGCCGGGAAGCAGCGUUUACCUACGCCAUCACAGCGGCAGGGGUGGCCCACGCCAUCACAGCAGCAUGCAGCCAGGGCAACUUGAGCCAGUGUGGCUGCGACCGGGAGAAGCAGGGGUAUUACAAUCAGGAGGAGGGCUGGAAGUGGGGAGGCUGCUCGGCUGACAUCAAAUACGGAAUCGAGUUCUCUCGCCGCUUCGUGGAUGCCCGCGAGAUUAAAAAGACCCCACGCCGUCUGAUGAACUUGCAUAACAAUGAGGCAGGGAGAAAGGUACUAGAAGAAAGGAUGAAGCUAGAGUGCAAGUGCCAUGGUGUCUCGGGCUCCUGCACCACCAAGACCUGUUGGACUACACUUCCCAAGUUCCGAGAGAUUGGCUACGUACUCAAGGACAAGUACAACGAAGCCGUGCAUGUGGAGGUAGUCAGGGCGAGCCGACUGCGCCAGCCCACCCACCUCAAGGUGAAGCAGACUCAGGGCUACCGCAAGCCCAUGGAGACAGACCUCGUCUACAUCGAGAGGUCGCCCAACUACUGCGAGGAGGACGCAGCCACGGGGAGCGUGGGCACCCAGGGACGCCUGUGCAACCGCACCUCGCAACACACAGACGGCUGCGACCUCAUGUGCUGCGGGCGGGGCUACAAUACACACCAGUACACCAAAGUGUGGCAGUGCAAUUGUAAGUUCCAAUGGUGCUGCUUCGUCAAGUGCAACACGUGCAGUGAGAGGACGGAGGUGUUUACCUGCAAAUAAGGACAUGAGGAACUCAGUGCCAGGAAGUGAGGCGCCAAGGACUAACUGAAUGAGGAAGACUCGAGGGAGCGAGAUAAAGCGUGACGUGGACCAGUGAGAGAUUUCGAAAUAAAGGAAUGGAAUUUACACUAUCAGCUCUUCAUGGCAUCGUUUGCACAGCAGAAUCUAUCUAAUUUCUUUUCAGAAAGUAAAUGCUAAAUAUCAGUAGGUAAUACCCCAGAACUUUACUGUCACAUAGAGAUUGUGCUCAUGUACUGAUGUAUCCGCAGUGAAGUUGGGACUACAGGUAAUGAAUGAGGCCCGCGGUGGGAACUGUGCUUUGCACUCUGGGAUUUGUAAUUGUUAAAUUCACAAGAGACUCACGCAUGGAGAGGACGCACAGUAACCUGGGAGUUGAUCAAAAUGACAGCAGCUGAUGAGGGGUGACUGGGAGAGAUAUGUCAAGUCUUUGAUUGAAAACUUUUAAGGGUUUUGUCGUAUUUUCACUAAAGGGGAGCAAAAGUGAAUCUUGACAUGAAUGACCCCCCAAAUUGGCUGGGGCUUAUGUUGGAGGUUUGUAGAAAUGAAGAACAUUUUGUAAGUAUGGUGCGUUGGGGUGCGCCAAAAUCUGAGUGGAGAACUCUGUUAAACCCUCUGCUGCCAACUGGAAUAUGGUGGAGUAUGUUAGUUUUCCAGUCACACUGGAACUGUCUGUUCUGAACACUGAAAAUAAAUUGUUUAUUUAUGUUAUAGUAUCUUAAAACGAAGCACUAACGGGUAGAGAUGUCUUUUUUGUACUAAGUGUAAAGAAAAAUACUUUUUAGAAACUCUGACUGAAAAUGUGUGUCUAUUAGAAAAUGCCCCCCCCCCCCCCAAAACACCUCAUCUUUUCUUAAAAAAGAAAAAAGAAAGAAAAAAAAGGUUUCAUUGCUACUGGUGUGUUGACAACAAAAACAUCAUUACAGUGUGUUUCACAUUCAAACACCUUGGUUCUAUUUUACUGUAGCAUAGAUUGUUUCCAGUCCUUUCCCCCCCAAGCAGUAACAUCUAUUUUCAGUUAAUAGACAGUAGCAAGAAAACUCAUUUAACUGCAGAGAUCCUUCCUCAAUUCAAUGAACAUGAAGCUGAUAUGUUGCUGGAUGUGUUGUCGAGUGCUGCACUGAUAUUUUCUAUUCAGAUACGACUCAUGAGAACUAAAUAAACUCCCAUUUGACUCAGUUUGGCAGUUCAUUGCUACAGUAAAAUAUCAGUUGGAGUUGAACUUGCAGUCUAACUUAAAGAGAGAUUCUGAUUAGAUCAUUGCUAAAUAGAUGUAAACUGUGUCCAGUGGAGUGAUGAUUAGUUAAACCUACACACCCAUGCAUGUAAAAGCAGAGAAAUAAAACAUAUAGCUGAGAUUAUUAUUAUAAUUAGCCUGACAUGCUGCUGGACAAGCAAUUACAGUUCAGAGUAUACAUUUUUUUUCACUUAACGCAAGGCUAACUUGGGUCUGAUGAUUUACACUCGCUUGUUCUCAUUAGGGCUAUAGGGGAAUGUUGGUCCUGGCUAGAUUAGCUCUGUUCUGCUGCAACGUUAAUUCGAUUUUAUUACAAUCUGGAUGUUAUUUUAGCAGUUUUGGAUGUAAUUUCUAUCAAUUAUAAUAACAUUGUACCCACCAACAUAAUUGCUGUGAUCUGGGAUACAACAAAGUUGGACUAGGCAAAAACACAAGACGUAAGAUUAUGAGAAAGUUGAGAAAGGCUGUAAAACAAGAGAGUGACAGCGACAGUUUACCGACUGAAGUUGUUGAAACCACUUUGUUGGUAAAGACAAACUAGGUUAUAAUGAGUGCACAUCUGCAGGGGGACUGCUUAUUGUUCCUGUGGUUUAUUAUUCUGAAAGCCUAACAGUCAGAGGAAUGUCUUACUGGACCAAAAAGUCCUUUGCCAUUGGUUCUACAGCCAACUGCUCCAAAAAUACACACCUUCCCACACAGAUAAUAGGACCUCCCCAGAUGCCAUUUUUUCUCACUAUGGUGAAGUCAUGACCUGCCGUACUUUGCCUUUGAUUGGAGUACUCAUUGCUUAAGUUGAUUAGGUUUGGACAUGAGGAAUGAGAUUGGUUAUGGUUAGGGUAAGAAUAUCAGGGUAAGCAAAUCAGAGGCAGAGUAGGCCGGCUCAAGCCUUCACCAUAAUGGGCAAAAAAAACAUGGCAUGGAACAACUCAUUACAGGCCUUGGAUCUUUCUAACUACAUAGAAAGUGAGUGUGUAUUUAGGGAGCAGUGGGCGAUAAAUGGGUUUUGGUCCAAUGUGACAUUUUUCGGAGCGCUUAAGUUUUGAAAUGAUUGAGCUAUUGGAACAAUGGCAUGGCACCCGACCAUGGCAUGUACAGUUGGUCAGUGGAGACCCAGUCUGUCAGCUAUUCCCCUGUGUUUCCUCUUCAAAAUAACUUUAGCUAACUUGCUUUAAGCAAUGCCUCAUCAUUCCCAGAUCAUUGUUAAUAAUUUGGUAAAUACAACGUUAUCAUAAUUGAUAGGAAUACUGGCUGACUAUAAAAGUCUGUUAGGUAUUGUAACUAUUUCUUGACAAACAACAGUAUCUCUAUGCAGCAUCUACGAUGGUUGCUGCUGACGAAAACACUCCAGACAGUCCAAGCGCCCAAAUGUUGUUAACAAGGAAUUGCUACAGCAUUUAAGUGGCUUGACCAGCAUGUUCUCAUUCUCAGGGCAUUAAAUAUCAUUGCUUUGUCAGGCCUCUCCGAUUUUGAUAUCGACGCAAAAGGCACCCUUUAACGCGUUUGUGAGAUGCUUCCAUCUAACCCGUUUGCAGCAAUAAUUGACUCUGAGAGCAAAUGACAAAGUAUAGAGAGUAAGAAAGUCUAACAAACUCUAUCAGACCUUUAUCCAGGACACCACCACUUGUGUCCCAUGUGAAAGCAAAAGUGUCGUUUUAAUGCCAUGUGACACAAUUUACAUAUGGUCAUCAAGCACUGAUGUUAGUCACGUGACAUAGCUAUGUCACGUUGCAUUACGCAACAAACUUAUUCUUUUAACCCAAAGUAUGAUAUUUUUUCGAAAUCUUAGCAAGUGGUUUUGUUGCCUAAACCUAACCGCAACUGUUUUACACAAACCACAUUACAAUGUGUUUCAGCUGUGUGUCAGAUCGAUAUGCUAAAGGGGCCGUGUGCAUUGCUAUGUGACAAAGCGUCUGUAUUUGACUACCUGGGAAUGAGAACAGGUUGACGUGACACAGAAACACAAAAGUGCUAUUGAUAUUCUUAUCUAACUGCGGUCAAGAAAGUCAGUGAGCAAAUUUCCAAAUUAUUCCUUUUAUUCAUGCAGCGUAAAAGAAGCUAAAUGAACCAUAUGCUAACACUUAGCUUUGGGCUGAGAAUGUGCAGUGCUUUGUGGCACUUUAUGUUAUAACCACUUUUGUGUUGUUGACAUGUUCCUGUUGUUGCCGUCUAUUCAGCUUUAAUCUAUAUUUUUUUAUAUUUUUUCACGGUCGUGUGAGGUUUACAGACUAUACAGGCCAGUUUAUCUUUUGGUUUACAUAUUAAUUCAUAGGUUUAGAAUGUAUUAUAAGUUUUGCACAUUUAUAACACCACACAUUAUAGAGAUUUAGAGACUGAUGUAGCCUAGUCUUGCACUUUGCAUGAUUAGUAUUUUGUAUGAGCAUCAGUUUUUAACUUAUUUUAUUUCAGUAGAGGGGCUACUCAGAUGGAUCAGACACAGUUGUCAUGUAUAUAGAUUUGCAUAUUUACUCAGUUAAAAUAACUUAUUAAUAUAUCAUAGCAUAUAGUCUCAUUCUGACAUUUAUAUUUUCUUCUGACAUAGAUUACAUUAACUCCAACUGGAGGCAUUAAAAAAAUGUGUUUCCCUUGACAAGGAUGCAAAUACAUUUCCACAGACAAAGAGCUGAUGUGGCUUUAAUUUAAUGAUGAGUUGUAUUAUACAAGAAAGCUUAUCCUUGAACCCUGAGUAAGGCAUCCACAUUCUUCAUUUUAUUGUUCAACGCAUGUCGGUACAAGAAUGUUCCCGCUCAGUGUUCACUUGCCCAUAUCGACUGUUCCAACAAAUAUCCAAAGCUAUUAUUUUCAUAAAUUCUCUCCCUACGAAGAAAAACACACACAUUAAAUCUGGUCAUUGUGUGUGUCCGGGUUUGAAGCCAAACUUUAUGUAGAAGUCUGUUAUUCAAACAUUCCAACCACGCUUAAUAUAGUAACUGGCAAAUGCAUUACGAAGCAUAAAUCAUUAAAAAAUCAGAAAUAAAUAAAUCAAGCAGUGUGCUGACUUGCUGACGUUAUUUUGUACACAGCACAUUUUCAUAAUGUGCUGUGGUCUUCUGUCUUGAUUGUGGCACGCACGGAACAGAAGUCAAUUAUCUCUCCGAGCAUGGAAAGGAGCGUCUUCUCCAUGUCUGUGUCAAGCAGAAAUGUGAUCAGAAAGCGAAGGAAAAGAGCAAGACGGAUCAUGGAAGACUGUUAUUUUCCAUUAAAAGCAAAAAAGCAAUGCCCCCCCACAAAAUAAAUCCCUCAUAAGCCUGCAAAAUGUGAUUAUUCAUCAAGUUGGAAUUGUUUUUUGUUUGAGGAUGAAAAGCACCCAUGCUGUUUUUUAAGGGUCAUUGGGGCUGUCUUACUUGGGUGGUCACACCCACCUGUGACACCCGCAGUAACUCUUUUACCUCACCACUUUCCGUGUUUAUUUUCUGUUGUGGUUGGAACGGUUGAUGAUAUUAGAAGUGUAUUCUGAGAGCAUGAUGUGGUACGACUCAUGAUACUCCACUGACUGAAUGAGGAUUUAGGGUGCAGGAUGACCGGGAUAACGGGCUCAACACUUGAGCCUCCCCUCAUGCUUUCUGUGUUGGCAGAGCCGUUCGGAGUCACUAAAUGGGAAGAGGACCUUCAUGCAAAUGACCUGAUGUGAAUAGGAAGUGGCUCAGUGUGCCUCUUGUUUUUAGACACACAAACAAGAGUGUAGUUCUUUUGUGAGGGUGUUUUUGAGAUGGAUGGGAUGGCUUGAUGAAACAAGGAGGUGCAUGUGUAGCCGGAAACUGCAAGUGAAAAGAGUGGUUAUUUAGGAGAGGAGCUAAUUGAGAGCGGUUUGGAGAAAGAGUGGGUACACUAUAUAAGUAGGAGCAGCUGUCGGACCAAGUUAGGGACUAUGUGCAAAGCAUGGUAAAAUAUACGGUAAAACAGUUUUCGGUUUAGGAAUAAUUUCAUGAGAGCUAAUUCAUCAUUUUCACUCGUUCUAGUUUUCAAAUCUCUGUGGUACUCUUUUUUUAUUCUAAAUGUUGCUGAUCACAGAAAAUGAAAAAGCACAGAAGAGGAUCGAUGUGUGUACUUCGUAAGGCAGUGAGGGAUAAUUUACAUCCUUCAUAAAUUACCAUUUUGGACAUGAUCAGUGUCAGUGGUUCUAUCCAGCUCUGUGAAAGAGAGCCAUGCUAUUUCAUUCAUUUGCUGGACGCUCCCACUCGUCCUCCUGUAUGUGAAAAGCAUUGUAGGCAGGCAGCAGAGCAGAAGUAAGAUGUGUUUUGUUAGUUGUCUGAAGCCCUGGGGACCGGAACCGCAUAAGCUCCCCAUAC